UUAUCAAAAAAAUUUGAAGUAUUUAAGGAAAAUUUUUACGAUGACCCAGUGGGCAUUACAACUAUUGGAUAUGGUCAUAACUGCAAAGCUAAUAAAGACAGCGAUAAAAUUAAAGCUCCUAUCUCCAUUAAAGAAGCUGAAGAAUUACUUAGAAAGGAUUUAGUCAAGUUUGAAGAUUACGUUAAUAAACAAGUUCCAGAACUUAAUUCAAAUCAAUUCUCCGCCGUGGUUUCUUUCGCGUACAACCUUGGCUGUGACAAGCUUAGGACAUCCAUAUUGCUUAAAAAGCUCAAAGCAGGUGAUACUCAAGGUGCUUCAGAAGAGUUUGGCAGGUGGGUACAUGCUAAAAGAAAAAGGUUGCCUGGCUUGGUAAGACGUCGCGAGGACGAGAGACAGUUAUUUUUGAAAAAGUGA